UUGAUCCAGCCAAUCAGAGAAAGGCUCAAUUGCCAAGAAGUUCAUACAAGUCAGAACAAUUAAUCAUUACCAUCAAAUCAGAAUCUGCCACAUCAUUCCUUCACAAAAAAGAUUUUCCUUUCUUUUCCUUGAACCCAAACAGAAAAUAAAGAAAAUUCUUCAACUUUGCUUCUUUAUUUCGCCUAAUUCCCAUCAAACUCAACCAAGAUCAUAAAUUUGAUCAAAUCCCAAAAUGGGAAAUGCCUUAAGAUUCUUAAUUGGGAAUUGUUGUAAACCUUCCACAACUGAGAACUCUGAUUCUUUGGGACCUCAUGGUGUUUCUGCUGCCACAGUUGGUGUCUCAGCUUUAGCUCAAGAUUUGUAUCACUUUGAAAUCAACUCUCUGGUUCCUGAAGGACUUGGUAAACAUGUAGUGUCUUCCAAGAAGGCUCAGGCAAAUUGGUAUAGAAAGCUAUCAGAGGCAUGGAGAGAAGCGAAACCACCACCAAGAACAUCAGAGGAAGCUUCUAGGCUUAUAAUUCUGACCCUAAAGAGACAUCAAAAGGCUGAUGUUGAGGGGUUAUUGGCAUUUUAUGGUCUUCCACUUCCUCAUACUCUUGUUGAACUUUCUGCUGGUGUCCCUACAUCAUUGCCUGCUGGGGUGAAGUUUGAGUUGCUGACAUUGCCAGUUGAUCCAAAAGCUGUGCCUGAUGGAGAUACUAUAUCUGUAUAUGUUAGCACAGCUGAGCCUAGGGAAUCAUCCUGUGUUCCAAGGGAGGUUCAAACGGCAGCUGUUCAAAGAUCGAAGGCACGCGCGGAGAGAAAUUACGAGAAGGCAGAUAAUCUUCACAAGAAGAUUACUGAUGCUGGAUACAGGGUAAUCUUAGUUCAAAAUGUGGAGGUUCUUGCUCGAAAGUAUCGAAUUCGGCUUAGGGGAAUCGAUGCACCAGAGAGUAAAAUGCCAUAUGGAAAAGAGGCACAGCAGGAGCUAGUUAAGCUUGUUCAAGGCAAGUGCCUGAGAGUUCUAGUCUAUACAGAAGAUCGAUAUGAACGAUGCGUUGGUGAUAUAUAUUGCAACGGCAUUUUUGUUCAGGAAGUGAUGCUAAAGAAAGGGCUUGCAUGGCAUUAUACCGCCUACGACCGGCGCACGGAACUGGCAUUGUGGGAGAAAGAAGCUCGAGCAAAACGUAUCGGCUUAUGGGCUUCAUCAAAUCCUGAGCAGCCAUGGGAAUGGAGAAAGGCCAAAAGAGAAGGAAGAGGAUGAUAACAUUCAAUGAGCAAAGCCAAUAAAUUGCUGACUAAGAUGCAAUUUCACGUGUAUAUUUAUUGUUUUUCAACUGAAAAUAUGUGAAUUCAAGUAAAUUUAUGUAACUCUUACCAUUAAAAAGAAAAUUGUAAAGAUUUGCUCUA